UCCUAAUGUUGUAACUUACAGUUCCCUCAUCGAUGGUUUGUGCAGAUCGGGGAGAAUUACAUAUGCUUUGGAGCUUGUUUGUGAGAUGCAUGAUAGGGGCCAACCACCUAAUAUAUAUACUUACAGUUCUAUAUUGGAUGCUUUAUGCAAAAGCAAUGAUGAUGAUAAGGCAAUUGCAUUAUUGAAAAAAUUUAAAGACUUGGGUAUUCAACCAAAUAUGUGCACAUAUAAUAUUCUUCUCAAUGGAUUGUGUAAAAGUGGACGAAUAAAGGAUUCACAAAAGAUUUUUGAAUAUCUUUUGGUCAAAGGCUACAAUCUUGAUGUCUAUGCAUAUACCAUUAUGAUACAAGGGUUUUGUAACAAGGGCUUGUUGGACGAAGCGUUGGAUUUGUUUUCAAAAAUGAAAGACAAUGGCUGCAUUCCAGAUGCUUUAACUUAUGAAAUAGUUAUUCAUUCCCUCUUUGAAAAAUAUGAAAUUGAAAAAGCGGAGAAACUUCUUCGGGAAAUGAUUGUGAGAGGUCUUCUUUAAGACAGAAACUAGGUGAGAUAUUUUUCUAUUUAAACUUUAUUAUUUUGAAUCAAUGUUUCAACAUUAAUUUAUCAUUUCAAUCAAUUUUGUUAUGUGUGUUUAUACUUCACAAAUUGGUAGAUUGGUGAGUUCCAACUUGAAAGAAAUUUGUAGAAUAUUAAAAUUAUUGUUGUCUUAUGUGUGUUGGUUUUUUUUUUUUUUUGUAUUAACUGGAUUACAUAGCUAAUACAUUUAACAAUAGUAAACAUCUUGAUGGUUAACUAUAUGAUAAAAAUUGCAUUUCAAUA